CCAAUCCUCGGACAGGGGAGGGCACUAGCAUCUAAGUCAUUCAUUCUGAGUGAUGAGGAAGUGAGUGGGAGCUGGGAGCUAACACUUGCACUGAGGCCUGAAGGGUUGAGUAGGUGUUUGCCAGAGUGAUUGGGAAGGGGAUGGCAACUUUGACAGAAGAAAUACCGAACACAAAAGUACUGAGGCAUAAGGGGCUGACAAGUUUAGGAAUUUUGUGACGCUUUCCUGUCUUCUUUCCCAUCACCUUCACUUAGGGUUGCCGGAUAAAAUACAAACUGCCCACUGAAAUCUAAAUCUCUGAUUACCAACUAACAAUUUUAAAAUAUAAGUAUACCUCCAAUAUUGCAUGGGACAUACACACUCAGCCCCCUUCAACUCAUCCUGUCCUGUCCGGGGCCCCACAAAUCCCCGGUGAAUACCGGCGAGCUCGUGGAGUAAAGCAUGAGAAGGCUUAUCUUCCUUUCACUCCUACAUUUUUCACUCUCGGGUCUCCAGCCCAGGACUGAGGGAUGUAGCGCGCAGCCCGCAGCUCGCUACGCGUCGGAGGGUUUUCCUCUGAGGACUGGAAACGGGGCGCGGGAUAAGGGCGGUGGGGCUGGGGGUUGUCACUUACGAAGAAAUCUCACUCCGCUCCAUAAAAUCCUCAAUCCAGUGCCGGAUUUCCCGGCAAGCGGACGUCUUUCCGCCCAGGGACCGGAAAUCCCGCCUCCGCCGGAAGAAGAUGCGGAAGCGAGACCGCCUAUCCAGAGGAAGGCAAAUGUUUGGCUCCGGCGGCUGAGAAUCCCGCGCGGGGCUGGAGACAGGUAGCAGUACGGGGGUGGGGCUUCAUGCCGGAAGUGGUAGUCCGCAGUUGUUUCGGUUGGCCGCCUAGCGGGUGGGAGAUGCGGCGGUCACCUGCUGCGAGGAACUGAAGGGAAGGUUAGAGGUAGGAAGGCAGUUUGGAGCUGGGGCUGAGCAGCUGUCGCACAGUCAGAUCAUGGGCUCGACCAAGCACUGGGGUGAAUGGCUCCUUAACUUGAAGCUGGCCCCCGCCGGCGUGUUUGGUGUGGCCUUUCUAGCCAGAGUCGCCCUGGUUUUCUAUGGGGUCUUCCAGGACCGGACCCUGCACUUGAGGUAUACGGACAUUGACUACCAGGUCUUCACCGAUGCCGCGCGCUUUGUCACGGAGGGGCGCUCGCCUUACCUGAGAGCCACGUACCGUUACACCCCGCUGCUGGGUUGGCUCCUCACUCCCAACAUCUACCUCAGCGAGCUCUUUGGAAAGUUUCUCUUCAUCAGCUGCGACCUCCUCACCGCUUUCCUCUUAUACCGCCUGCUGCUGCUGAAGGGGCUGGGGCGCCGCCAGGCUUGUGGCUACUGUGUCUUUUGGCUUCUUAACCCCCUGCCUAUGGCAGUAUCCAGUCGAGGUAAUGCGGACUCGAUUGUCGCCUCCCUGGUCCUGAUGGUCCUGUACUUGAUAAGGAAAAGACUCGUCGCGUGUGCAGCUGUGUUCUAUGGUUUCGCGGUGCAUAUGAAGAUAUAUCCGGUGACUUAUAUCCUUCCCAUAACUCUCCACCUGCUUCCAGAUCGCGACAAUGACAAAAGCCUCCGUCAAUCCCGGUAUACUUUCCAGGCUCAUUUGUACGAGCUCCUGAAGAGGCUGUGUGAUCGGGCUGUGCUGCUGUUCGUAGCGGUUGCUGGACUCACGUUUUUUGCCCUGAGCUUUGGUUUUUACUAUGAGUACGGCUGGGAAUUUUUGGAGCACACCUAUUUUUAUCACCUGACUAGGCGGGAUAUCCGUCAUAACUUUUCUCCAUACUUCUACAUGCUGUAUUUGACUGCAGAGAGCAAGUGGAGUUUUUCCCUGGGAAUUGCUGCAUUCCUGCCACAGUUCAUCUUGCUUUCAGCUGUGUCUUUCGCCUAUUACAGAGACCUCGUCUUUUGUUGUUUUCUUCAUACAUCCAUUUUUGUGACUUUUAACAAAGUCUGCACCUCCCAGUACUUUCUUUGGUACCUCUGCUUACUGCCUCUUGUGAUGCCACUAGUAAGAAUGACUUGGAAAAGAGCUGUAGUUCUCCUAAUGUUAUGGUUUAUAGGGCAGGCCCUAUGGCUGGCUCCUGCCUAUGUUCUUGAGUUUCAAGGAAAGAACACCUUUCUGUUUAUCUGGUUAGCUGGUUUGUUCUUCCUUCUUAUCAACUCUUCCAUCCUGAUUCAAAUUAUUUCCCAUUACAAAGAAGAACCCCUGACAGAGAGAAUCAAAUAUGACUAGUGUAUGUUCCACACCUUCUGCUACUGUGUUACAUUCUGAUUGUCUUGUAUGGACCAGAAGAGAGCUUUGGGACAUUUUUUCUCAACAUUCUAAGGAUUCUAGUGAAAGUUUCCGUGUUCCAACAGAAUGUUUGUCUUGUAUAUAAAAGGGACACAAUAAUUGAGGUCCACCUUCUAGGAAA